AUGAGUUCGCUACAGAAAGGUCUACCUUUCCUUCAUUCCGAUGCGGAUGCUGGAUUCCGGAGCGAGCUGUUCAGCUUGAUCAGACAUCUCAUGGAUCGUAUUAAGGCCGCAACAGCGACUUUGACCAAGCCACCAAGCAAGACGAAGAAGAACACAACAAAAGCCUCUCUCGAUUCUCCAUCAGUAUCUAUCGAGUCCUCUGAGCUGGUUACGGCUCACAAAUCCUUUGUCGCGUGGUAUAUUGGAUUUCUCAAAACCGAGUUGCGGCCAACGGCUAGCUAUCAGAGACACAUAUCGGCACUCAAGUGUAUCUUGGUUAUUGCCAAAUCUGGACUUGAUACUCAAAUUCGUGGCUCUGGGCACACAAAGUCUGGAGGCGCCACGGUGCUGUGGCCAUUUUCGUUGAAUGUGGUUGAUAAUGAGAUGACUGAUCUAUUGGUUGAUCUACUCCUCAAUGCUUACGACGACGUCAGAUCCACGGCCGCAGAAAUCCUGAGUCUUGUGGACUCUGAAUCACAGCAGAUGAGUGGUGCAGGAGAUAUGCCUAUGCUAGUAAAAGUCCUUGCACAAGCUGAGGAGAUGUUGAUCUUCAGUGGACGUGCUGAUCAUGCAGAUGGAGUUGCACAUCUAUACAGCAUCUUGUUCAGCCAAUGCUCGCACUUGACCAGCGAAAGUGAGCAGUGGUGGGGUUCGAGAUACAGUAUUCUGGAGCGUCUUGUUCAUGCAAUUGAGCAGACAGUUCAGGUCGCGAACGCGGAUAUCGGCAGAGCUGUCAGCAAGCAUCCUCUGCAUGGCCUGUUCAUUAGCUUGAGGUAUGAAGACUAUUCGGUUAUCACUUGGCUGCAUGCUGAACUCUUANNCAGGUACAUCAUCGAGAAGCCUGGCUUCUAUCAAAUGAUGUCUUCCGAUCCUCUUGUGUUACCGUACCUGCAGAAGCUUUACCUUAGACUCUACGAAAUUUUCCAGUCUCUGUGGACAUGUGUACAUGAUACACUUUGUAAUGAUACCACUGAAGGUAUUGCCGCCGAAGAGCUUGAGCAAGAGGACAUCGGAACGAAGGAUGUUCUGAGCUACUCGUGGCGAGCUCUGAAAGAAUCCAGGUAA